AUGAGCUACGUUCGCCAUCUUCCUGUCUAUGAGCCUUUGUCCACUAAAGCGUCUGAUACGGAUGAAGAGAGCGACAGUUUCACUUCACCUUAUUACCGCUACAGUUACCAAACUGGUGUCAUCCACAGCUCUUCCAGCCGUAGUACGGCCACUGGUGUUGCUCAAAUAGAGCGAAAACGUCUCGAGCGUGAUCGUUCCAUUCUUGCCGAGCAAGUUCGUGUGUUACAAACGAAGUGCCGUCAGCAGGAGUUUCAACUCAAGGAAUGCUACAACAAGCUUGACCGUUACGAGUUUAUGGACAAAACACUUACCAAGUUAAUUGCAACCAUACAGGAUACGCUGUUUCUUUGUCUGUGCCCUGCUACUCGCCGUAACCUGCUUAUCAUACUUGAGGAGCAUCUUGGUGUUUCCGAAUACGAGCUGAAAAAGCUUCGUCGUUCUCUUCCUAAUCUUCUUGGGGCAGCCAAUACUGCCAGCGAAGCCGAUCGUUUCCCGUCUGACGAGAAAGGAACCGAGUGUGAUGUAGUCUCUGGCGUUCUCCCUGCGGAACCCGUGGAGUAA